UCGUCCUACCGCGAGUGCUACUGGUGUACGUACAGCGUAAUGGAGAUCAUGGGCGUGCAGGUGCAGAGGACGUUCGUUGUGCCCCCGGCGGCCGCGCCCUCCGAGGAGGUGCCGCUCACCGUCUUCGACCUCGCCGCGCCGACCUACCACGUCACGGUGCUCUUCGCCUUCUCGCCGCCCAACCCGACCAACCAGGCCCUCCUCGACGCCCUCUCCGCCACGCUCCCGCGCUUCCCGCUCCUCACCGCCACCAUGCGCCUCGACCGCCGGGUCGGCACGCGUCCAUGCUUCGUCACCGGGAAAGGCGGCGCGGGCGCCCUCGUCGUCGAGGCCGAGGUGCCGUCCUCGGCGCUCUCCGACCACCUCCCGCUCGCGCCCUCGCCGGGGCACGGGCUGCUCCACCCCGCGGUCCGUAGAGGCGCCGCGCCGCACGUGCUCAUGCUCCAGAUCAACCGCUUCGCGUGCGGCGGGAUCGUCAUCGCCUCGUCGUCUCACCACCAGGUCGCCGACGGCCACUCCAUGACCAUGUUCUUCCACGCCUGGGCCGACGCCGUACGCGGCGACGGCCUCCACGUCGACUGCGCCCCCGUGCCGUACGGCCCCGCGGCCCUCGUGCCGCGCCGCCCGCCCCGCUGCGAGUUCGAGCACCGUGGUGCCGAAUUCCUGCCGCUAUCGCCGGCGCCUACGAACGACGACGGACGCGAGAGCAAGCCGCCGGCCGAGGUUGAUCAUCACGUCGACACUUCCGAGAUCACCAACAUGCUCCUUCACUACACGAGCGAGUUCGUGGCCGAGCUCAAGUGCGCCGCGCACAACAGGUACACGACCUUCGAGACUGUGUCAGCGCACGUCUGGCGGAAGAUUACCGCCGCGCGCGGGCUCGCCGACGGGGGCGACGCGCACACGUCGACACGCAUCGCGGUGAACGGCCGUGGCCGGCUGGCUGGAACGGGCGCCGUGCCGGCCGCGGGGUUCUUCGGGAACGUCGUGCUCACGGCGAUCUCCAGGACACGCGCGGCGGCCCUGGCCACCGGCACCCUCGCGGAUGCCGCGGCGCUGGUCCGCGCAGGGGUCCGCGCUGUCGACGGCGGGUACUUCCAGUCGUUCGUCGACUUCGGGGCGCUGCACGGUGACGAGGAUCUGGAGCCAGCGUGUGCGGACGAGGCCGGCGUGCUGUCGCUGGACGUGGAGGCCGACAGCUGGCUCCACCUGGACCUGCACCGGUUGGACUUUGGGUGCGGCGGGCGACUCGUCGGAAUCCUGCCGGGGAAGGUCCCGCAGGACGGGGUGGUGGUGCUGAUGCCCAGCCUGCGGAAAGGGGGAGGCAUCGACGUGUUCGUUGCGUUGUGGGAGAAGCAUGCCAGGGAGCUCAGCGCCAUUGCUUACGCUUAGGCGUGUAUGGGUUGAGGAUCAUCAGAAGUCAUGCAAUGUCAUGGUUCCAUAUGAGAGGAAUGGCUUGGUUUCCUCCUUGUGUUCGAUAAUAAGAGAUAAAAAAUGGGGACUAGUUUUUCAACUUCAGGGUGUAGGGACACCCUCUAUGAACAGUGCAUUAAAAAAUAGAAAACAAAAACAAAAAAUUCUGAA